GCUGUCUCCACUCGUGGCCGCGUACAGUAAACGGAGGCGGCGGCGGUGGCAGCGGCAGCAGCAGCAGUGGUUACGGCUCUCCGCUCAAUUAUGAAUUAACGGCGGCCCAUUGUUUAUCAGCGUCAGGUAAUUAAUUGCCGGUGCAGAUUGAGAUACUAGCAGCGAUAAUAACAUUAGUGACAGCAGACGUGUGGGUACACGGGCCGCGGGGCUUGAGCGCGCCCGUGGCUCGACCCGGACGGACGCGGCACGAAGCGGGUCUCGGGAGCGGUGCGCACCGAUAUGGGGUCUGAAGGCCUGUGGCUGGGACUGGUCAUGGCCAUGCUGUGGCCCACAGUUGCGAGCACUGAAGAGAGUCUGGAAGAAUCAUGGACAGACUUCUGGGUUUUUCGGCUCGUCAUAAAUAUGGCUGGAUAUAGUACCAUAAUCCUACCUGGAUAUCUACUUAUCCGUUACCUAAAGCACCGUAAUUACCUGGAGACAGGGCAUGGCAAAUGCUUUCCCUUGGUGCGCGCGUGCGUCUUUGGAAACGAGGACAAGACGGGCACUGUGGGGGAAUCGGCCACGCUAGUGUCAGAGGCAGUCGAGAGCUCCACAGCCAAGCAGGCUGCCCGGCUCGUCAUGUGCAUCACUGGGCUGCAGGUGUCGUACCUGACGUGGGGUGUGCUACAAGAGCGUGUCAUGACGCGCGAGUAUGGGAAGGGCGAGGAGGGCGGUGGUGAGACAUUCCGUGACUCGCAGUUCAUGGUCUUCAUGAACCGCAUCCUGGCGCUGGCCAUUUCUGGCCUCUGCUGUGCAAUGACCAAGCAGCCCCGGCAUGGCGCUCCCAUGUACAAGUACUCCUUCUGCUCCAUGUCCAACAUCCUCAGCAGCUGGUGCCAGUAUGAGGCCCUCAAGUUCGUUAGCUUCCCCACACAAGUGCUGGCUAAGGCUUCAAAGGUAAUUCCUGUCAUGCUGAUGGGGAAGCUGGUGUCACACAAGACGUACGAGCAUUGGGAGUACCUCACGGCUGGGCUCAUCUCGGUGGGCGUCAGCAUGUUCCUGCUCUCUUCCAACAGCGAAGAGAAGCACUCCUCAACAGUCACUACCUUCUCUGGCCUAGUCAUCCUCGCUGGAUACAUCCUCUUCGACAGCUUCACAUCUAACUGGCAAGAUGCCCUCUUCAAGUAUCGCAUGUCUUCCGUGCAAAUGAUGUUUGGUGUCAAUUUGUUCUCGUGCCUGCUGACGACGUGCUCUCUGCUCGAGCAAGGCGCCCUGCUUGAGGGGCUGUCGUUCAUGUCGCGUCACUCCGACUUCGCUUUGCACGCGCUGCUGCUGUCCAUGUGCUCGGCGAGUGGACAGCUCUUCAUCUUCUACACCAUCAAUCACUUUGGAGCUGCCAUAUUCACACUCAUCAUGACUACACGGCAGGCCCUGGCCAUUCUGCUUUCCUGCCUCAUAUACGGACACCACAUGGGCCUGGUGGGUGUUUUCGGGGUGGGCGUAGUGUUUCUUGCACUAUUCCUGCGGGUAUAUGCACGUGGACGCCGCAAGCGCAGUGCGGCCCGUCAGCCGCUGCCCGUCGUGCAACGAGUUUAGCUUUUCUGUUUUUUACGUGCAAGACAUUAAUUUGUUAUUUUUUUACUGGUGUCAUUUACUUUCAUUUCCUCUCCCCCCACCUUUGGUGUCUGGUGAAAGGUUCCUAUAAGUGUUGGGUAACAGUCCUGAGCUGAAACUUAUUUACUCAUUGCAGAUUUUUUAAAAAGCAGCCUAGAUGGAUGGACAUGGCUGCUUUGGAGCUGGCAGCACUGAUUAAGUGGAUAUCCUGAGUUCCCUUAUCUUGUGUACCCUUGCUUGAAGCUCCUCCUCCUGUCUUGUUUACCCAAUUUACCCUUUUUGAAGGGUACCUCUGACAGCCAAGUGGCUGUUGGGAGGAACUACAGCAAGCUUUAACGGACAAUGUUUAUGGGCAGAUGCUAUGCUUUCCUACAGCCUUGCUGUAAAAAAAUAGUCAUAACGAUGUCCUUUUCUUUGAGCUCUGAAAAAUGUGCAUUACAGAAACAAUAAUGCUGUAGUCACGGGUGUAUAAUUAACAGUUUAAAAAUGCAUUCGUUUGCCAUGUUUCUCACAUGUACAUCCAGUCCAGGAUUCGUUUUUAUUCGACCAUUUCCUGUUUUAUAGUUAACAUUUUUAUUGCAAAAUACUAAAUUUGCAAAAUAAUGAGAUUUAGCAAGUGCUGUAAAAAAAAAGACUUUGCUCUUAAUGAUACGGUUUGUUUGUACUCAUUUACAUUUCUUUGUACAUCAGUGCCUCCUAGAAUAUUGUAUUGCCGACUGUACAUUGUCAGGUCCGGUUAUAAUUUAGAGCUAGGAAAAGCAGGCAUUUAAAAACAAUAACUGCGCACUUGCUCAUUUUGUCCAAUAUGCAAUAUUUUUGGUACUGUUUUGCUGUGUUUGGAGUGGGUGAUGGUGUGGAUGUUUUAUCAACGUGCUUUAACUUCCAGAGUGCUUUCGGUUCUUGUCGUGGGGAGUUGUAUACAUUUACUCUUCUAUUUUAAAAAGAAUACUAAGUAGGGAAUGCAUUGAUAUAUUUUUAAUCCCUACUGAAUGUCAGUUGCUGCAAAUUAAUAUGCACAAAAUAAAACGUUGUACCAACAGAA